UGGAGAGAGAGGAGGUCGUUGAGCUCUGGCUCGGCUAGACUAGCGGCGAUCACUUUGAACACUCGACGGUGACGAGGACAAGCACCGUCUUUGGGAGCACGCGCUUCCUGACCUGUGCCGCGCCUUUAGGGUUUUCAUUCUUGGGGAGGAUGGUGUUGCAUGCGGCAAGCCUACAUCCCGUGCCAAGGGCAUGCCGAUGUCCUGUUCAUCUGGGCCGACCACCAGAAGAAGACGCAGUGGUCGCUGGUCCCUCGUGAUCAGCUGGUCCACCAGCUAGAGACGGACGAUGGAGGAGGCUCUCAUCACCACGUCCUCCUUGUUCUCCACCACUUCUCUCACCGGCUCUUCGACACCUUCCUCAUUACUCGCCACCACCACCUCCCUCACCAGCUCUUUGACAGCGUCCUCCCUUCUCACCUCCGUGAGCAUGACAUUCAACGUCAAAGACGUCGAGGCCAUCAAGAAAGGCCUCCGAAAGGUGCUCAAAAAAUCGCACCCGGAGAGAAUCAUGACCGAGAAGUCGUAGCAUACACUCUGCUGUGGGCUGACCCUAUUCCACACCCGUGCGCGCAUCCGCAACCGCAGACUCGCUGCUCGCGCUUCUGUCCGUACCAGAAGCCCGGCGUCUCGCCGACCUCCCCCGCGCCAAAGAUCGAUAGAGAGCUGGUCAAGCAAGGCUUGGCCAAGAAGCUCUUUACCCAAGACGCCAUCGUCAAGAAGCGCAAGGAGGACAUGAAGCAAUAUCUCAAGGAUUGGCGCGCCAGGAGGAACGCAAAGGAGACGGCCGAGGAGCGCAAGGCCCGCGCUGAAUACCACAAGGAGAAGGGCACCCAGCAUCGCGAGAAGCACAACAAGAACGACACGGACCAGGAGAGGAGGAAGAAGUUGAAGAAAAAGGCAGAGGCCGAACAGAAGAGGAGGGACAGGAUCAAGGCAAACGAGACCGAGGCGCAGGCCAAGCAGCGCCGCGCAAAGCUCACCGCCGCCUCCAAGGCCUCAAGGGCCAAGAGGAUGGAGAAGGAGACGGAGGAGGAGAAGGAGGAUCGUCUCAAGCAUCGGCGCCAGCCCGACAGCCUGAGGAGGGCGAGGGACGAGGAGGGGCUCGCGGCGACGAGCAAGGCGACGGGGCCGGGGAAGAAGGUCAGCAAGGUCAAGAAGAUGAGGGAGGCCAUGUAGGCCGAGGAGGAGUAGGCGGGGUGGAAUCAGAUGCACCUAUGGUACGGCUAACAUGUAAUAAGCUGGCUACCAUAGGAAACGAUAUCGCCACCUCUCACUCAUGCCUUCAUCACUCAGCUUCAAGACAUUUGGAGUUGGCGACGUUGCACCCUGCAUCCACUCUGCUCCCUGCAGAUCCUUUUCAGCCUUUGCCUGACCUUGCAUAGCAGAGGCUUCCAUCCGCUUUUGCUCUCGCCUGCUGCUCUUGCUCUCUUACUGUCGCUGAGUGUAGCAGUGCCAGCUGCCUUCCAUAACGCCGCCCCGGCAUAGCUGGACGUAUUGUGAGUGUCGCCAGCCUCACGCGUGAACG